GUUAUACUACGUCGCCUGAGGAAGGUUCUUUACAUGGGGUCUGGGUCAGGAGUCAAAAAUUUUCGCGAAGCGACGCCGCCGACGUCAAGUACUACAAGACUCAGCUCCCGUGACAUGCAACGAAGGAAAAAGCCGACUGAAGCAAAUGAAAAACAAGUACAUGUGGAGGAGGAGAAGAAAGGAAUAGAAGAGGAACUAAAACUGCAUAGUGAGAAAAUCGAUGAAGCUAAAAUUUAUGGCCCAAUUCUUGCUGGCAUUGUUCUGCGUAUUUUGUGCUUCAUCUACGGCCGACCAUUUCUUCUCAAACGAGCCGAGCUCACGUCACCUUUGGUUUCCUACGGAAGAUUGCAAGAUGGGGUUGCCAUGUACAAAGAUGGGAUUUCUCCAUAUGAAGGGGAUUUAUUUCAUUUUCAACCACUCCUGUUGCGAUUAUUCUCACUUGUAUCGCUCAGUGAGAACAGUGCUUUUGCCAUAUUUGUGGCAGUAGACUGUCUAACUGGGCUGCUCUUGUCUCGAAGUGCUGGACGUUAUGCGAGAGAUAAUCAUAGCGCACAUCCUGAUUAUGUCGAAAGGCUUGUCUUGAAAUGCUACCUGCUCAAUCCGAUCACAAUCGGAAGCUCAGCUAUUCUCAGCAUUUCAGUGCUUCACAAUCUCAUAUCUGCUGCAGUUGUUUAUUUUUUCAGUAAAGGACUGCUGUUGCCAUGUGUGGCUUUUCUUUCCCUAUCGUCGAGCCUUUCGCUAUAUCCGGUUGUGAUCCUUGCUUCGGUACUUUUACGCUUUCCUUCCUUGCAAGAGCGCAUAAACGCUGUGCUGGGACUAAUUAUUGGAUUCUGUGUCUUCACUGGGUUAAACUGGCUACUUAAUGGUAUGAAAUGGAAUUUUAUCGAGGAUACAUAUGGAUUUAUCCUCAAAGUUGAUGAUCUGACGCCUAAUGUCGGCCUAGUGUGGUAUUUUUUCACGCAAGUGUUCGAACAUUUUCGGACAUUCUAUUUGGCUGUGUUUCAAAUCAAUCUACUUGUUUAUGUAGUUCCACUUUUGCUUAGCUUGAGAAACGAUGCACAUCUGCACUUGGUUGUGAGUCUGUUGCUCGUGGCGGUGUUCUCAUCAUAUCCAACAUUGAAUGAUGCAUCGGUCUAUUUGGCUCUGUUACCGAUGCUAGAGAAGUACCAUAAAUAUCCACGCUAUACUCUUGUGGUUUGUGGUGCGAUUGUAACCUGUGUUGUGUUGAUGCCGGUUAUGUGGCACAUGUGGAUUGUAGCCGGAUCUGGCAAUGCUAACUUCUACUUUGCUGUUACAUUGAUAUACAAUGUUGCACAGAUCUACUUAAUGAUUGACUUAAUGUUCGCUUACUUCCGAAAAGAAGCAGAUGAGAUCUCAGCGUCAUUGGUGACACCAAAGACCAAUUUUGUACUUCAUUAAACUGUGAUUUUCAUGUUGCAAUUAGCUUUAUGGUAAUUACCAUUCUAUAAAUUGAUUUUGUGAU